GGUGAAGCGGCCAUAUUUUGUGUGUCUGUGUGUGUAUGCGUGCGAUCCGCCAUUUCACCUAUCGCUGAUGUGAUUUUGAAUUGGAUCUCUCUUACUAUUUCAGUGAUUUCUGUAGCUGUGUUGAUUCUGAUUUUUACACGGAUUACUUUCUAGGAUUCUAUACAGUUUAAAGAAUUCAUUUCAGGAUAUAUAUUCCCGGGAUAGGCUCCAUAUGAAGUGAAAUUUCGAUGGAGGCCGACCCGGGCAAACAGCGGCCCCGACAAAAGCGUCGAGAGCGAGCAUUACAGCUACAUGAUAAACAAUCAAGGGAGGAGGAGGAAGUGAGUGGCCAAGAUGACCAAGAUGGGUCCCCUCCACGAUCGAGUAAGGAUAAACCACCUCGAUCUAAAUCAAAGAAGGUCAAAACCAGUGCAUUAUUCGAAGAGGAUAUUAUCGAUGGAUUUGCUAUUAUGAGUUUCAAAACACUCGAGGAACUGGAGAGUGUUUCUAAGAAAAAUGGAUGUCUUAAAAACAAAUGUGUCAAAGUGGAUAACUCGGAUACUAGCUUACCUCAGGAAAAGGAAGAUAACAAUAAAAUUAAAAAGAAAAAGGUGAAAAAGAGCGCCUCCAUCAAUAGCAGUAAUGAGAACAGCAACAAUAACGGAGAGGUCAACGAUGCAGGCAACAACAGCAACGCGCUCCUGGCUGGCGUCACGCAUAAUACUUCCAGUGCUGGACUCGUGAAUGACCAGCCGAACCACCACCACCACCACCAUCUCAACCACCACCAGCACAAUGGCCCGGUGGAGCCCCCGAGGUCUGUCUCCAGAGAUCGCUUGAGUGAUGCCAGUACACAUUCGGGAUCUGGGCAAGGAUACGUGUGUGAUGUGGAAAGCGGAGACGAUAAGGCUUCGGAAUCUGGAUCAGAUCUUUAUUCUGGCAUACCAUCAACUGCAAUAGUCAACCAUCUGCCCACUAAUGGUCACUCCAAUCCAUGUGUGGCCUUGACAGCGCCCACGCCUCCGCCCUCCACGUCUACGACUCCUACAUCAUUGUGUAAUGGCGUAGGCGGCAGCUCCAACCAUUCGCCCUCACCGGUGCACCAUCAGACCCUCGUGUCCAGCACAUCGACCACUAGCACCACCAGUACAAGUAGCACCAGCAGGCCUGGUCUGAGUGUUGAUGCGCUGACCUCUACCAGCAGCUCAGUCACUGUGAUACAGUCCACCUCGCCCUACGGCUGCCAGUUCUCCCCCGCCAAGAACAAAAGGCCGUUGUCCCCUAGCUCCCAGUUGGUGAUAGACACUUCCACUUGUGCCAGGUCUUUGCAGUAUUCCAAAUCUCUUAAAGCCAAUCACACUCCUAGCCAUAGCAACAAGGCUGUGCCGCAUCUUCUCACUAGCAGCAAUCUUCAGCAUAUACAGCAGCAACCAGUUGACAGUUUUUAUCAGAAUGGGCCAAAUAACAUAGUCCAGCCAACGCCGUCUCCAAAAAGUUACCCAAACAGUCAUUUCCCGUAUCCUUCUCCAGUGCCCGCAGGUUAUCCUGCGCUUGUGCGGCCCGAUCCUUUAGCAGUUGUUACUAGUCCUAGGACUGAGCCUCCAUGCACCAAUGUGUCUCAGUCAGCUUCACUGAUUACCGGUCCAUCCAUUAGUCCUGUAUCCAGUCAGCCUCAUCUCAUCACAGCCGCCCAUCAUCCUCACAGUGUCCGGCCCCAGCACUACAUUUCGCCCAACUAUUCUCACAAACCUGGCUGCCCGACACCUCCUUCCACGUGGAAUCCAGCGGCGGCGAUAGAUUCAGGUGUGAAGAGCAGCCAACCUCAGACCCCUAAAGGUCUAAUAGAAACUUUGAGCGCAGGUAGCAGCAGGGACACUAUCGAUAGAGAUAAGCUACGGUAUAAAGACGUUGGAAGUCAUAGCAGUCACAGCCACCAAUCCAAAGAGAGAGAGAGGGAGACACUAAGAGCUCCCAUCUCUGUCAACUCGUCUCUUUCAUCUCCCUCAUUUCCGGCCCCAAAGCCUGUUUGGUCAAGUAGUCCAGGCCAACUGUACAACCCUUUGCUCCACCACCACAGCUCUCCCUUACACCCACCCUCAGUCCCGCCACAGACAUCACCCAUCUUCCCUGCCCUGCCCCUAGCCCACCCUCCUCCGCUCUUGGCAGCAGGCAACCCAAGUCUGCCCUCGGCGAUGUUUGCUCCCCCAAUCCCUCCUGCACCCCCAUCUCUUGCAGCGGCUCCCUUGACCACACAUCCAGUUGCAAGUAGCCAGUUUUCUGCCGACAGUCUGAUACGAAGUCAGGACUUCUUACACCAGGAUCUGAACAACAGACUACUAGCACACAGGGACUCUGGCUCCCUGGCUCUUCCACCUGCCCCGUUUGUACGUAGCAGCGAGACCCACCAGCAUCAGCACCAGCACCAACACUUGCAUAAUCACAUGCAUCAACACACAUACAGUGGGCUGAGUGCCUCGCCGUUAGUGCCACCAGCACCUCCAUUGUUUGACAAGAUUCCUAAAGUGUUUGAAUCCGGUGUGUUUAGACCAAGUAUUGUUCCAAGCUACAGUGCUGCCUUCAGUUCUCUGUUACCCCCUGGACCAUCAGGUGCUAGCCUGGCGUCAAGUCUACAAGGUGCUUUUCAACCUAAGAGUUUGAUGGAGCCAGGACAGAUGCUUGUAAACUACCGUGACCGAGAGAAAGUUGGUGGUGUCCCUCCCACACACAAAAAACAAGGUAAAUGGUGUGCAGUACAUGUCCGUGUUGCUUGGGAGAUCUACCACCGCCAACAGAAACAGUCAUCAGAACCUCUGUCUGGAGCCUCCAGCAAACUUGGUAAAGACACUAAGCCUCUGGAACCAACUCAUUUGUUGCCAUCUACAAGGCCCCCUGACCUGGGGCCGCCAACACCUGGGUCGCUCUUAGCUUCAGUUGCUCGCAGUGUACCUGAUGGGAUUGUCCACCCCACUUCAAGUUUUUUAUCUUCAUCCAAUUUAGUGUCCGCCAUGCCAUCCUUUCCACGUCCUUCACCUUAUGGCCCACAGUCUCUUCUGAAUCCGUUGGGAUUUAGUGGUUUAGGUAGCAGUAUGUUUGCCCCAGUCAGAGAUAUUGUGCCCACGAGUCAGGCAGAAUGGGGCAGACUACACAGGACACCCUCAUCCUUUCCUUCAUGGCCCAAGACGGACAUGGAAAGAGAGAAAGAAAGAGAGAGGGAACUAAGAAAAGAGGAAGAAAAAGAAAGAGAAAGGAGGUCAUCCACCAGCAGCCAUAGACUACCUGAUGAAUCUAGGCAUAAAGAAUUGGACAGACCAAAGUCUAGGUCAAGGUCUAGAUCACCUUUACGCAAUGGCCAUGGCCGCCUUGAUCACCUUGUGAAGCCUGAAUCCAGCCAUUAUGAUAGACGGCCACACUCAGCUUCAAUGCUGAGCACCUCGGCCAUGAAGCUGAAAGAAGAGAGGCGGGAGGAGGAGCUGGUCUCCCACCACAUAGCAGAGAGGGAGAAACUGGAGAGGGAGAGGGCAGAGAGAGAGAGGAUGGAGAGGGAGAGACUAGAAAGAGACAGAUUGGAGAGAGAUAGGUUGGAGAGAGACAGACUGGAGCGGGAGAGGAUGGAGAAAGAGAAGCUGCUCCAGUCAGAGAGGGAAAAGAUGAUUCAGGCUGUGGAGCAGAGAGACAAAUACUUCCAGAACCCUGGAUACAUCGGUCUGACCCACUUUGCACCUGGGCUUCCUCCCCACCCAGGACUCCUGGACCGACGGGUUGGUCUGAUGGGCCCGCCUGGGGUCAGCUACCCCUUCCUGGACAGAGCCCCUGUGCCGACCACCAUGUGGAGUCCUUUCGACAAGUCUGUAGAAAUGCAGAGGGUAGAGUUUGAGAGGGAGCGAGAGCGUAUGGCCAUGAUGUCACGCUUGGCCAGUAACAUUCCAUCUCAGCUGGCUGCCCUUGAGCACCAGGAGCGUAUCAAAGAGCAGUUUAUUAGGGAGCAGCAGGAGAGGGAGUAUGAACUACGAAGGCAAUACCUGGAGCGUCUGCCAGCAUUCAGUGCAGAUCGACUUCGUGCUGCCGACCCACUGACAUUGGGAGGCUUCUUCCCAAGGACCCUGAGCCCGAUGUUUGGCCCAGGUGCUCUUGCUGGGCUGAAGAGCAACUCCCCUCACAUACCAGGCGUGCCCCCAGCUCUCAUCCCUUCCAGCUCAUCCACAGCCGCCACGCUUUUGUCCUCGCGCAGCCAUGACAACUCCCCCUCCUCAUCCAGCAAGUCUAAGGGCUGCAGUCCAGCAGACAGUACUAGUGACCUUAAGGAUAAGCGGGAGGGGGGCAGCUCCACUGACCCUGACGCUCACUCCAGGUAGUGAAUUGGUUUGAAUGGUGACAACACAUGAUAUAGGAAUCUAGCUCAGUCUUCAAUUCAUUCAGUGGAUAUAAUGUGACACACUGGAUAUAAUGUGACUCACUGGAUAUAAAGCGACACACUGGAUAUAACACCACUUUAAGUCAUGCAUUUCUAUUCUGGAUAUAUAUAUAUACUAAAUAUAAAUCUGGAUAUAUUGAUUGCAUACUGGAUUAUACAUCUGGUUAUGUUGACUACAAAUGCUACUGGAUUACACAUCUGGAUAUUUUGACUAGAAAUACAUCUGGAUUAUAUCUAUAUCUGAUGUAAAUGAAUGCAUCAUUUGGAUUAUUUCCCCUUCCCAAUGUGAUCCGUGCAGUGUAUCAGCACUGUUAGGUCAGAAAGUGUUCAUUCCCAAGCAGUGGACUCCAAACUUGAUCUCAAGCCAAUUGCUUUCUUCCAAACUGUAGUCAGCUUGUGUAGUCUCUAGUACAUGACUCAAUGUUUUUGUGAUAAUAUUGGAGCAGUGAAUACUAGUGUGUGUGUGUGUAUAUGUGUCUUGGAACUGUGAUAUGGACCAGUGAGGGGGAUGGGGGUGUGGGCGGCUAUUUAUUUUAUUUUCAGCCGCUGGAGCUCAGAAUGUAUUUAUUUUUUUGUUUUGUUUGUUUUAUUCUUUCAAGUUGUGAAACUGCAAUAUGUGUCACCCACACUUCCCACCCCCCUCUCACCUUUCUAUUUUUUAUGUUUUCAGUGUCUUUGAUUCAAUAAACUAUUAUUGUCCUUUA